AUGUGGGUGUCUAAAAUACAAGAGAGAUGGAUAAAAAAUCUUACAAACAAACCCCUUCCAACAACAGUAAAAAAUAUUUUAUCACUUGGAUCUAAAUUCAGUGUACCAACAACGAAAAAAGAUAUCAAAGUAGAUAAUCUUAUUGCGGACCUAGAAUAUGCCCUACUAACAGUACCUGAAGACAGAAGAGAUGUACUCAGAGCAAGAGCGACAAAUAUGAUUACCAAUUUCACCCACGAAAACAACAAAUCGGAUACAUUCAUUCAAAAAUGGUACAAGGACACAAAGAAAUUUUUGAAAGAUAACGAUGAUAUUAUAGUAUUAGAUAGUGAUAAAGGAGGUGUGACAGUCAUAAUGGAAAAAACCGAAUAUGAAAAUAAAAUACAAUCUCUACUUGAUUCGAAAGAUUUUAAAAAAUUACCCAGGGAUCCAACACAAAGUAUACAACAAAAAUGCAAUAAAUACGUAUCGAAAAUGCAUGACAAGGGGUACAUUACAGAACAACAAGCUAAAAAACUCAAAACAUACAAUUCCACAUGUCCUAGAAUAUACGGAAACCCGAAAGUCCAUAAGCCAGAAAACCCAUUAAGACCAAUAAUAUCCAGUGUGAAUAGUCCCAUGACAAAACUGUCGGAACUUAUGGCAGACAUCUUAAAGUCAGCAUACAAUACAGAAAAUGAUUACUAUAUUAAAGAUACAUUCGAUUUUGCAACACAAAUAAAUAAUUUUCAACUACCUAAUAAUCAUAAAAUAGUAUCAUUUGAUGUUGUAAAUCUAUUCGGAAACCUAGAUAAAAACAACAUAAUUAGAAUUUUGGAAAAAAAGUGGGAAACAAUUCAACAUCAUACAAAGAUGGAUAAAGAUCUGUUCUUAGAAAUAAUUCAAUAUAUCCUGGAAAAUAAUUAUUGCACUUUCCGAGGAAAAUUUUAUCAGCAGAUUUUUGGCUGUGCUAUGGGGUCCAAAUUGAGCCCGAUAUUGUCGUUAUAUGUUAUGGAUGAUCUACUGGAUGAGUGCACAAAAAGAUUAAAUUUCAAAGUUCCAUUCUUGAAAAAAUUUGUGGAUGACAUCAUUGCAGCAAUACCUGAAGAUCAAAUUGAACAAACCCUUGAAUGCUUCAACGCCUACAACAAAGAUUUACAGUUCACAAUCGAAAAGGAAGACAAUGAUCAAGGAGUUCCAUUCCUAGAUACCAAGAAUGAAUCCAUGAAACCAUGA